AUGGCGAGUGUCAUAUGGCUUAAAAUUCCAAAAGAAGUGAAAAUUAGUAUGAAGUACAUUAAUGCAGAGGUUCAAAAACUGGACAAGAUGGACAACUUGUGCAUUGACGACAAGAUAGCGCAUCUCCAAAGACUGCGGGUUGCCAACCAAAGAAAUCUUGACUUCCUGGAGUCAUUAUGGAGAAACAAUACAGAACCGGCAAUUUUCCAGAAUGUAGAAAACAACGAAGGAUGUUCGCGCUUGAGCGAGUACAAUCGCGAAGAAAUUGUGGAGGUGCACAUUCCCUCAGACUUUUAA